CUGGGCAUCCUCGGGCUUGACUGUCGAUUAUGUUCCGCAACCAGUACGACAGUGAUGUGACUGUGUGGAGCCCUCAGGGUCGGUUACAUCAAGUGGAUUAUGCCGUCGAAGCUAUGAAACAAGGAUCAGCAACGGUUGGGAUCAAAAGUGAGACGCAUGCUGUGUUGGCUGCAUUGAAGCGUGCUCAAAAUGAGUUAUGCUCUCACCAAAAGAAAAUCUAUGAAAUUGACACUCAUGCUGGUGUUUCCAUCGCAGGCUUAUUGUCAGAUGGUAGGAUUCUUGCCAGGUACCUGCAAACUGAGUGCUCAAGCUGGCGCUGGGACUACAAACAACCCGUUCCGAUCUCAUCUUUGUCUGAUAAUCUUCAAUUAAAACUGCAAACCAACACACAGAUUUACGGUCGACGUCCAUUUGGUGUAGGAUUGUUGAUUGCCGGAUAUGAUAAAGAUGGCACCCAUAUCGUGCAGUCCGAUCCUUCUGCUGAAGUAGUGGAAAUGUUUGCUUCUUCAAUCGGUGCUCGAUCUCAGUCCGCUCGUACUUACUUGGAAAGGCAUCUUGACAAAUUCAGGGCAGCUAGCGCUGAUGAACUGAUCGAGCAUGCUCUUCUUGCCCUCAGAGAUACCCUCCCAGCUGAGGAAAAUCUAACUAGCCAGAACACAUCCAUAGCUAUCGUCGGAAAGGGACAACCGUUCAAAAUUAUGGACGAUUCUGAAGUGGAUCCACAUCUAGCCAAAAUUAGCAACACUCCGCGCACUAUCGGACAACCAGCAGAGCCAGCUGCACCUGAGCAAAUGCAACAGUAGCAGCAAUGGAGUUACCGGUUGGAAGAGAGCACGUCUUCUAGUAAUUAUGGGUCGAAUCCCACGAACAUUGCGAUAAUAUUUAUUGAAUGUUACAAGAGUCACUCUCUUUUGUUAUUUUAUCUGGAUUUCUAAUUUUUUUUUGGUGUGCACUUAAUAAAUUUCUUCACUCCUCAAUCUCU